AUGGGGGACUGGAACUUAUUAGGAAGCAUUUUAGAAGAGGUCCACAUCCAUUCCACCAUUGUUGGGAAGGUAUGGCUCACCAUCCUCUUCAUUUUCCGGAUGCUCGUGCUCGGUGUUGCAGCUGAGGACGUGUGGGACGACGAGCAGAGUGAGUUUGUUUGCAACACAGAGCAACCUGGCUGCAAAAACGUCUGCUACGACCAGGCUUUCCCCAUCUCCCUCAUCCGCUACUGGGUCCUUCAGAUCAUCUUUGUGUCCUCUCCGUCUCUGGUCUACAUGGGUCAUGCCUUAAACCGUCUGAGGACCCUGGAGAAAGAGAGGCACAGAAAAAAAGCAUGUCUUAAAGCUGAGCUGGAGGGGACAGACCCCAUCCAGGAGGACCAUAAGAGGAUCGAGCGAGAGCUCAGGAAACUGGAUGAACAGAAGAAAGUAAGGAAAGCUCCCCUCAGAGGCUCCUUAUUGCGCACAUAUGUUUUCCAUAUCUUGACUAGAUCUGUGGUGGAGGUGGGUUUUAUUAUAGGUCAGUGUGCUCUGUACGGCAUUGGGCUUUCUCCUCUGUACAAAUGUGAGAGGUUGCCUUGCCCCAACAGUGUUGAUUGUUUUGUGUCACGUCCAACAGAGAAGAACAUUUUCAUGGUCUUCAUGCUGGUUAUUGCUGGAGUUUCUUUAGUCCUCAACCUCCUGGAGAUUUUCCAUCUGGGGGUAAAGAAGAUCAAACAAAGCUUGUACGGAUACAAAUAUGGAGAUGAUGAAAGUAUGUGCAGGUCAAAGAAGAACUCCAUGGUGCAGCAGGUGUGCGUGCUCUCUAACUCCUCACCACAGAGGUUGGUGCAGCUCACACAGUUAAACUGCCCUGGUUUGCCUGAUGCUCUCGGAGAGACUCAGGAGCAUUCCCAUCACAACCCUGCACAGAUGUAUCUGCAAGGCCAAGCUGACAUCCAGGGUCUGCAGCAGCUGGGGGCCAUGGAGCGGCGCUUCACUCUCGAGAGCAGGAAACCCUCAUGUAGCAGCGAUGACUCGAAUGGACGUCGCGGCUCAGGCCAGCCGCAGUACGCAGGGCCCCGACCCACAGUGAUGGUUGGCCACAUGGAUAUCGCCGCAGCCCUGAAGAAUGCGCAGAGGAAGCAGAGCAGGCAGAGUAAUUUUAAGGAGCUCAGUGACACGAGUGCUUCCCCAGAGAGCGACCACUACCCCACAGCCAGGAAGUGCAGUUUUAUGUCCAGAGGAAUGUCGGAAGUCCAGCUGAACACUACAUCCGACAGCGCUGACUCUCAGAGCGGAGCAGACCUCGAGGCCCAACACCUCAACCAGGGAGAGAGUCCGAUGGUGACCCCACCUCCAUCCAGUGGGAGGAGGAUGUCCAUGAGCAUGAUUCUGGAGCUGUCUUCAAUCAUGAAAAAGUAA